CUCGCGAUGGUUAUGUUAAUAAUAGUUUUGAGUGUAUUUCAUACUAUAUUUGCUUAUAAUUUCAACGAUGCUCUUUACAAUCAGAUUCUUGCCGAAGAUUUCGAAACAUUUUCUGAAGAUUUAAUUCAUUUAGAAAGAAUUAGGAGAGAUGUUAAAAAUAUGAGUUGCUACAGACCAUCAAAACUUCCAUAUGCUUGUUGUGGUGGAAAAGAAUUCCAAGAAAAACGAAAGGAAUUUGUACCAAUUGAAAGAAAAUGUUAUCAAGAAGUAAUGACAGGGAGGAAGAAUGGUACAUUUGAUCCAUUCAGUUGUGAGGAUCUUCAAAAACGAAAAAAUGAUAUUGUUUGUGUUAAACAAUGUGUGGCACAACAAACAGGAUGGGUUGAUUCAAAAGGUGAUUUAAAUGAAACCAAUGUAAAAAAGUUUGUAACAGAACAAAACAACUUAGAAUGGUUAAAUCCAAAAUUGGAUGAUUUAAUAACGAAAUGUUUACGUGAAUCAACGGAAAUAAUUAAAACCACUGAAAGUCCAAUUAAAAAUUCUCGUUGCAAAUCGACCGCAUUAAAUUUUUCGCAUUGUAUGUUCAGAGAAACACAGGCUGCUUGUCCAAGUGAUCUAAUUGAAAAUCCCGAGAAAUGUACCAAAUUUUUGAAUGCUUUAAAAACUAACUCUUCGUAUUAUAAAAUAUUUUAGGUUGCUUAAUUUUAAAACUGUUUUGAUCAUAAUAAAAAAUAUUACCUACAUAUUAAAGAAUGUUAUCAAUUA